AUGUUCAAAUUCUUGAUCCUUGCCUCAGUCAUCGCCUACGCCUCGGCUGCUCCUGGAGUCGUUGUUGCUGCCCCAGUUGUACAUCAUGCACCUGUUGUUGCUGCUCCAGUUGUCCAUGCUGUACACGCUCCAGUUGUAACUAAGACUGUUGUUGCUCCAGUUGCCACAAGCCAUCAAUCUAUUGUUCAACAUCACUCACCUGUUGUUCACAAAACUGUUGUCGCUGCUCCUCUUGUCCAUAGCGUUCCUGUUGUCAAGACUGUGCAUGCUGCCCCUAUUGUGCACGCUCCAGUUGUUCAUGGCGUUCAUGCUGUCCAUGCCGCCCCAGUCCUUGUUCACUAA